AUGGCGGAAGGAGAUCGAGUCGAUAUCUCCGAAGAAGUUAACCCACCGGUUCCGGCUCAUUCCCAACCGCCCCCGGCACACGCUCCGCCGCCUCCGACUCCUGCAGGCAUACUCCCGGCGUAUUCGAGCGCCCCUUCGACACAUCUCCCGCCUUCGAUGUCUUCAAGGGCGCCCCUUCCACCGGCCUCGCUGACUGCAUCCGCCUCCGACGACCAAGCCCACAUCACAGCACUCGAGGGCACGGUCAACCAAAUGGCCACCAACAUGGCAGAGCUGCUCGCCCUGCUUAGAGGACCAAACCGUGCAUCCUCGAGCUCCACACCUCCACCGGGACAAGGGCCAACAGUCGACCAGACUCCUUGGGUUCCGUCAACUCAGGCCCCGGAGAACAUGGAUACGCCCGCGCCACCAACACUGCAUACGUCCAUGUCUCACCCCUUCACCAGUCCAUUUCCGCCACCGCCGGCCCCCACGGCCGUCCCUCUUCCGCCGACGGCAUUCCUUACUUCGGAUCAGGUCCUAUCCGCGCCGCCACCUGUUUCUAUGCCGGCCCCGGCCGCGAUCUAUGCCGCCCCUCCGCCGACGGUUUUUCCAGCCUCAAGCGCGCCUGCUCCGACUCAUCCUCAAGCCGCAGAGCUUCCCUCCUACCCGCCUCUACAACCUCACACCAGCUUUCCCUACCAAGCACCGCCGCCAAUAAACACCACUUUCCACGAACCGGGCACGCCGACUCACGCGGCCCGAUUCGCCUCGCCGACUCACUUUUUCACCGAGGCUGACACCGAGCAGGAGUGA